UUUCAAGAUACACAUGCGGCCUCCUGUUUCCAAAACAAAACCUUGGAUUUCUGGCCUCGUGUUGUGGAUUUUUAGAAAAUGGCUAGAAAGAAUCAGAUAAAACGGAUGCAGAAGCAGCGGAGCGCGUUGCUGAAGCGGAUGAUCAAACCUACCGACAAACGGCUAAAACCGGAGGAUCGUGCAAAGACGACCGAGCCGAAAAAGAAAUCCACCGAUGAGCUGAAAACGAUUGAGCGCACGCAGGUCAGCUCGGCAAUGUUUUUCCAGUACAACACGCAGCUGGGACCACCGUACCACAUACUGGUGGAUACGAAUUUCGUCAAUUUCAGUAUCAAAAACAAGCUGGACAUUAUCAAGACGAUGAUGGACUGUCUGUACGCCAAGUGCAUCCCGUACAUCACGGACUGCGUGCAGGCUGAGCUUGAGAAGCUGGGACCCAAGUACAAACUGGCACUGCGGAUAAUCAAGGAUUCUCGGUUCGAACGACUACCGUGCAUGCACCGCGGUACGUACGCCGACGACUGUCUCGUGCAGCGUGUAACCCAGCACAAAUGCUAUAUCGUGGCCACAAACGAUAAGGACCUGAAACGACGCAUACGCAAAAUUCCGGGUGUUCCGAUUAUGAACGUUGCCCUCAAUCGCUACGUUAUCGAGCGGAUGCCGGAUGCAUUCGAGCCGAUGGCGAAGAAAUAAAUCGUUUUUUUUUUCACAUAU